GGCUUAAUGAGGAGCUGGGGGGCACCUGUGCUAAUUGGGACCAGCUGGAGCUGAGCUGGGACAUGAGAUAAAAGCUCAGGGUCUGGGUGGGGGCUUGGUGCUUCCUCCUCCUGGUGGGUGCUGUGAGCCACGCCGUCCCCAUGGGCUCUCCCCGGCGGAGCUGUGGGGUGGCCCCACCACGUCCUGCAGGUGACACAUCCCCAAUGCCCUGCAAUGAGGGGAACAUGGCCCCAGCCCCGUGUCCUGCUCCUGGUGGUGGGCUGCGGUGCGGGGCCGUCCUGCUGCUGGCCGUCUGUCUGUCCAUCACCGCCCUGCCCCAUGGCCUGGGCUCCCUGGUGGCCCCAUCCCUUGGUCACUUGUCCCAGAGGGGACACAGGGACCCACGCAGCCACCCCACCGUGGAGCCACCUGCAUCUGAGGGCACCUUGCGUGAAGAAAACUCCAGUCGUGGCAUGGGAGCUGCGGGACUGGCCCUGGGGACACCGACUGGAGCUGUGAUGCUGGGGGACAGCAGCGUGACAAGGUCCAGAGGCUUCUUGGAUGUCCAGGAUGGAGCUCCUGGAGGGCAGGAGCGAGCCGUGAGCUCUGUCCCCUGCCACCCUGUGGGUGACGUGGGUGAGGACCCUGCUGCUGCUCACCUGCAGCCCCCUGCGGGGCCGUCCCCAGCCCUGCCAUCGGAGGGGACAUCCAGUGCUCUGCUUUCUGUCCCCGCUGUCACACCAGUGGGGCUCUGGUCCCUGGGCACUGCCUCGGCAUCUCCCAGUGCCACGUCCCGUGGUGUCAGCCCCCCGCAGGUGCUGGUCCCUUCGGAGGGGUUCGGGGGACCCGCUGUCCCCUCUGAGGAACAAAUUGACCCCUCCCCACUGCCCACCCCCCACCUCUGCCACCACCCUCCGAAGCCCCUCCUGUCCCCACAUGGACUGUGGGUCCCCAGCUCCUCAGGUCCCGCUGAGGCUGGGGUCAGCUUGGCAGCCCCUGGUGCCCCCGAAGCCCCCCAUGAGGAUGGAGCAGCUACGGGGGCUUCCUGGCCUCCAGAACCCACUCUGAGCUCUGUGCCACCUCCCAGCUGCAGCCCCCUUGCUCCCAGGCACCCCCCCAGCACCACCAGCUCUCCAUCCCAUCCCACCCCCCGGCUUCCCCUGCCCUGAGCUCGCAGACCCCAGCAGUCACCCCUGAUUCUCCUCCUGCAUCCAGUCCUUCUGUCACCUCCUGGCACCCCUCUGAUGUCCCCACGGCCACCGGCUGGGUGGCAGCAGGAGGAACCCUCCCUGCAGCAGCCGCAUCGAGGAGCGCUCCCGGCUCGGUGCAGCCUCCUGUGCGCAGCCUGCCCCUGAGCUUCAGGCUCCUGGGCAUCACCUACACCGAGGCUCUGAGCCGCAGGGCCUCAGGGAGCUACAGGCAGCUGGAGGACGAAGUGAGGCUGAUGCUGGGCCAGGCACUGUCCUCCUACGAGACCUUCCUCCAAGCCAACAUCCUCGAGUUCAGGAACGGCUCGGUGCUGGUGCACGGGGAGGUUUUGUUCCGGGGGGAUGCCCCCAGCAGCUCCCACCUCAUCCGCACGCUGCUCACGGAGGCGAGCAGAGCAGGGCAUGCCUUCAGCUGGCGGCUGGAGCCCCGCUCCGUCAGGUCUGGAGGCUUCAGCUUGGAGAACCUGGACCCGGAGAAGCUGCCCAUCUCUCUCACUGCCCUCCAGCUCGGCCAGGAUGGGGCAGAGCCCCUGGUGAGCGAGGUAAUUCGGGCUCUCAGUGCCCUCUACCCCGUGAGGAACUUCACUGUCGGCCACCUCAGACCCCUCGGGGGGGACCUGGAGGUCACCGGGGACCUCUACCUGGACACUGCUGUCCACACUGACAUCGCGGCGGUGCUCCAAGCCCUGACAGUGCUGGCCAGCAGCUCCGUGGACCUCAGCUCCCUCUCGGUGCAGGGAGCCAGGCUGCCCCUGCAGGUGUACCCCAUCUCCUUCCUCAUCACCAACAGGCGCUUCAGUGAGCGCCUCCUGGACCCGCUGGCUGAGGAGCACCGGGGGCUCGCCAGAGACCUGGGAGAAGUGGUGGCGAGAGCCCUACAGGGGCAUGGGAGCUUCCUGCAGGCAGUGAUAAGAGGAUUUCUGCCUGGCUCCCUGCUGUGCCAUGGGGACGUGCUCUUCCAGCCCCCCGCUCCCACCAGCCUGGAGGUCCUGGAGGCGCUCGCUCUCGCCGUGGGGCCAGACGAAGCCUUGGCUGGCUCUGCCUUCCACGUGGACCCCUAUUCCAUCGCUGUCGGAGAGGACACCCUGGAGCCCCCUCCUGCUCCUGGCUUUCCUGAGUCCGUGGUGGCCAUCAUGGUCGUGUGCGUCCUCGUCAUCAGUUACCGUGCCCAUCAUCUUGCUGGUGGUCCUGAGGACCAGGAGGGGCAGCUGGAGCGAUGUGGCCAUCCUGUGGGACAGGAGAGACCCUGAAGUGGGGACGCAGACCCUGGAGAUGGAGAACCAAGGGUUCUGGGUGGCCUCCAAGCAGGACACAGAGGAGGCUUCUGCGUGCUGGCAGACGGACUCAGCAUCGUGAGGGAAGGAGCUGCUGGGCUGAAGGAGGUGAGGAGGGAUGCUGCAGCGCUGUCCCUGCUCCCCCUUCCCUGCGGGAUGCCAGCUGCCCCCUGAGAAGGACGCAGGCUCUGGUAUAACUUUUUGUACAAAAAGCUUUAAUAAACUGUUUGUAGAACCCCA